AUGCUGGUGGAAUCGAAGCUCUCGGAGCUGCAAGAUGAGGUUCUGAGGGCGCCGCUGGAUGCCUCCAGGAAUGAGAUGCUGCUGCUGCAUGGAACGAAGCCUGAGCAUCUGCAUGACAUCCUGUUUGAGGGCCUGGAUCCACAUCUUUCCAAGGAGGGCCUGUUCGGCAAGGGGACCUACUUGGCCGAGGACGCCGCGAAGAUCGAUCAGUAUCUGACCCAAGACCCUGAGUGGAAGGGCAACAAGCCGGAGCAUGAACUCUACAACCUCCACAAGAAGCUCUAUGAACGGGGAGUGAAGCACGCCACUCAUGUCUACUACGCCUUGGUCUGUCGCGUAGCUCUGGGAGAUCCGUUUGUCACCAAGGAUGGGAAGACUUGUGCCAGGACCGAGAAACCCAUCUUCGUGAAAGGGCGCAAGGAGGCCUUGAGGCAUGGUAGGACCAGCUUAGUAGCUGAGCUGGGAGGCAAGAUCCAACGUUAUCGUGAGUUUGUUAUCUUUGACCCUGCAGCGUUGCGCAUUGAUUUCCUGGCGGCCUUGAAGCGAGUUCGCCACUACUGCGACUGCGGGCAAGCCGCAGUGCGCAGGACGGUGACCCAUGGGCAGCCUGAGAACUUCGGAAGGGAGAUCCUCUUCUGUGGCGAGAAAAAGUGCCGUUUUAUUCACAUGCUCCCCCAGUGUUACUGUGGGCGGGCAGCGGGCGUGGGCACGAAGAUGAAUGGCGAGAAGUAUUUUCGCUGUGGCUCCAAGAGGGACUUCUGUGACUUCAAGCGUUUGUGCUACAAAGAAGUCAUCCGGGGCCGCCCCGACCUCCAUGGAGUGAACAAAAGACUGGAACGGGCCUGGGCAGAGCAAACGGGCACGUACAGCGUGAUGCACAGAAGUCCAGCACAGCUUGGAGAGCAUCGGAACUGGUUCCUUCGAAAAUCCAUCGAGGUGUAUGAGGGGCGCGACUUGCAAGACUGCGGCGACUGGGGCAAUUGCAGCUUUUUCUCAAUCGCUGUGCUUCGCGACCCGUUUUCCAGCGGAGCUGUCGUGGCCACGAUCGAAGUCUUGAACAAGACCAACGCGACUCAAGGGGUGGGGCACGACUACGACAUCCUUCCGCCCCUUGUGGUGUGGGAGGAUGGUGACUACAGCGUGAAGGCUUUCCUCAUCUUCAUCUUCGACGACGACAUUGCCGAACCCACCAAGGUCUUGCAUCUGGGGCUCGACGCCACCCCGCAGAAUAUGAGUGUUGGCUCAGAGAUUGAGGUUUUUAUCAUGGACGACAAGGAUGGUGGCACUAUUGCCAUGACCCCUUCAGUGGCGCGGGCGCGGGAAGAGUUUGGGACAGGCGAGUGCCUGAUUUACGCCGACCGCCAGGGAGGCUCCAGCGGAGCAACUGGGUUGUCUUUGUCCCAUGCGAGAUGUCUGGAAGGCGGUGCGCCAGAGGCGGAACAGACUACGGAUUUCGCGCUGAUCGUGCAGGAGCAUGCGGAAGUGAGCUGGCAAGAUGGCGAGAUUGGUCCAAAGUGUGCCCUACUGUCACUGUCAUUCGCAGACUACUACUCCGGUGCUUUUCGAGGCUGGGACCGCAAGCCAGCCUUCUUGCUGGUGAUCCCUGACGCGACGCGGGAGCCCGAUGAGCGUGUCUGCCUCGACGUGAAGCUGACGGAGAACAGCACCGCGGCUCUUGAGCAAGAGCAGAUCCACGUUGUCCUCCUGGAUGUGGACAUCGAUGCCAAGUUGUCCUUGAACUGUACCCGGGGCGCCGACUGCCUCUUGGACCUUUCUCAGACCUGGUUCUGGGAAGCUGACCGCGGCUCCCUCCAAGAUGCAUACGCGAACAACUACAAGUGCCGGCCAUGUGAGGAUGCUCAGAAUUCGAGCGAAGCGUUCAAUUUCACAGUAGACGCCUCCAGGUCGGUGCAUCUGAAGUACGUGCUACAAGACUCGUGGCCGGGUGACAAGUUGCUCUGCUGGUGUAUCUUCCAAGGAAGCAUCCACCUGGCGAGCAUGGAGCUCCAGGGGCCUUCCUUGAAGAACGCCGCACGCUGCGCGAAGAGCUGGCCCAGCUGCGCAAUCCAUGAUCUGCAUGGUGUUGGGUUUCAGGUUGACAACGACCAUUUGCGAGUCCUCCGCAAUUGCUGGGACCCAGAGGACACGCCUACUGAGGUAGCGCUCGGCUCACUUGCUGUUUAUGACGAGCACGGCGAGUACAAGAUGAGGUCCUUUGAGAGCAUGCGCCAAGCCAGCCCCGGAAUCUUCGAGCUCUGCUGGUGCCGCAAGACUGCUGCAACCAACUGCACGGACUCCGUCGACUUCUCCGUGUCUGCAGGGUCCUUUGUCUACACGGGGCCCAACUCCCGGAGCCAGCUGCCACCCUAUCAGCUCGGGAAGGCGGAGCCUCUCAUCGUCUCCGAUGUCCACGGCAUCGACCUCACGGCAGACGACCGGGCCAUGAUACUGCCGAGUUGCGGCCAGCUGGAUCCAGCAGGAUUGAACACCACCGCCGCCUAUGACCUCGAAACCCAUUCCUUCAACUUCGGCAAGAUUUCAACAGAUCUGGGCCUGCUUGCGACUACAUACAAGGUGUGCUGGUGCCAGCCCUCCGCGGACUGGGGCUACGCGUGCGACACGAAGCUGGAGUUCCGCGCAGAGAUCGGGAGCAUUGACAUCCUCUGCCCCUACCGGCAGACUGACCCGGAUGGAGAUGGCAUCUGUGCGCCGUGCCCACUUAUGAUCCAGACCGCAGGAGGCGGUGCCGGGGCAGUGUGCGUCGUCGAGGGCCUUAGGUUCGUCGAGGCUCUGGUCAUGCUUGCCGUGAGCGUGCUGUUCUCUGUGGCCUGCGCGACCGGCUUGCGCUGUUCGAGGACCGGGGGCCUGGUCCAGGGAGUGCCCAGAUUGAUCGAGGACGUGUCGCAAGAGUCCGGCAAGCUGAUCCUCACGGUGGUGGGCCAUCACAACCUCUCGGCCUUCACCAAGUCCUCGUCCAUCCCGGUUACGCUUUGGCACACGGGCCACUUCCUCUUGGAUUCGACGCCCUCCAAGCCCAAAGCCUUCCGUGUGCGCCCUUUCGGCCUCAACACCAUGGAGCUCCUCGAUGCUCAGGGGCGGUCGCUGGAGUUCCGUGCAGACACCUCCAUGGGUCUGCUGCGGCUGUCGAUGCCCCGGGCGCUGCUCCACUCCGUGCUGCGGGGAGUGAAGCUUCCACUCUUCCUCCAGAUGCUCCUGCUUGCCGGCCUCUGGGUCUACCUCAGUUUUCUUCUGGAGCCUUCGUGGCCAGAGCUGGCGGGGAUGCUGGCUCUUGUGUGCCUGCUGGCCCUGGCCAUUGCCUCUCUCUGGCGCUUCCUGCUGCGGCCCUUGAGCUCGCUCACAGUUCGACUGGAGCGCUUCGCAAAGGAGCUCCGCGAGCGCCGCCCCGACCCAAAGCCCUGCAAGAAGGGCCCAGACCGCGCCGUUGCCGUGAGAGAUGUUCUGGAGCUGGAAGAGAAGUUCGGCGCCUUCAUAAAAGACAGAAAUAUGUACUACAUCGACCCCAACAUCCUCCAGCAUCUCACGGCCCGCCACAAGCUCUCCUAUGCUGAGCUGGUCGGCCCUCAGACGGUGCAGUGGUUUGUCAGCCACUGGUGGGGCACGCAGUACCGCGUCUACUGCAUGACGCUGCAGCGGCACGCGAAGGCCGUCUGCGAGACCUCCGAUGAGGCGAUCUGGGGAGCCACCAGCUACUGGAUAUGCACCUUCUCCAACAACCAGCACCAGAUCAAAGAGGAGCUUGGCAGCUCCCACAGGGAGUCCUCCUUCUACCUGGCUCUGCACAGCGGGGUCUGCAGAGGCACCUGCAUGAUCCUGGAUGAGAUGGCCAUGCCAUUGAAGAGAUCCUGGUGCCUCUUCGAACUGCUUCAGACCAUUCAUCUGGAGAAGACGCAGGCCAAUUUCAGAGGGCUGCUCUUCUGCACCGAGAACGGCGUCUUGAAUUUUGGUGCGUCGACCGUCGAGAUGUCGAUGCAAAUUGGUGAGCGGCUGUCUGGUUUAAGCUUAAAGGACGCCGAGGCGACCACGGAAAAGGACAAGAACAUGAUCACGGAGCUCGUGUUGCAAGAAAUGGACAGCUUUGAAAAGAUCGAUGCCGUACUCCGGGAACACAUCAGUGAAGCCCUGGGGAUCUGCCGCGACCGCGUCGACGACGACUUUGACGCGUUGUUUCGUAAGCUAGGGACUCUCAAGGAGCACCUGGCGGUAAAGGUACGUGAUGAUGCUGUACAUGUAGCAGUAUGA